AGAAGAAAUAUUUUACCCGCUAAAUUGAAUCCGUGUUUGUUUCUCUAAAAUUUCUCACGGUCGCCCUGAUUAAGCAGGUCGGAGGUUUUCAGCCUGCCGCCAUGGAGUAAUCGUUAGGGUUUCUGUUUCUUUAAAGUUUCUUCAAACCUUUGAAUGUUACAAAUAUUUCAGAAAUCCGAAGACAUUUAAUUCGAUAUUAACAAGAGUUUAAGAUGGAGCCGGAGGUGAUAGAAGCAGAGUUAGUGUUGCCGAUCCACCUGAAUUUCAAACGAAUUCAAAUGUACGAAAAGUAUCCUAAAGGCCAAUCUAGAGGCAGGCACUGGAAACAUCUGAAGCAAAUUCUUCAAGCCGAGAACUAUCACAAUUACUCCCCCGAUGAACCCAACUAUGUUAAUAUUGAGUCACCUCCCUCAAUGCAUCCAUGCAAGAGAAUUUGUGAUAUAACAGGAUAUGAGGCACCAUACUAUGAUCCUAGGACUACUCUUCGAUAUGCAAACGCUGAUAUCUUCAAGGUCAUAAGAUCACUUCCUAAUGAGUACGUUCAGAGGUAUUUGGCCAUGAGAAAUGCAGCGGUAGUUUUAAGGUGAAGAUAUACAACACUUCUGUUGUCGAUUUGCUUGGCGUCUUUUUCGUUAUUGCAAGCGUUUGACAGAUAUCAACCGAAAGCAUGAGACUUUCCAUGUCGUUGAAAAUGCAGAGUGAAACCUGUUAAGUAUGCUUAAAAUGUAUAAUAUGUUUAUUUAUUCAAUCAUUUUGUGUAUUUAAUCGUCUUGGCAAUUCAUGUUUGGCUUGGGAUUUGUUAGAUAAAGUUGAUUCAGUUAGUUAAAACUCUCCUAGCUACCAAACACCCCUGAUGGGAUUGCAGUUGAGGAAAA